AUGAAGAAAGUCAACUUUGUGUCUGCUGAGGAGAUGGAACCAGUCCAAGAAGGGGAGGAUACACAAUUUGCUGAGGUGUGCUACAUGAGCAAUGGGCAAGGAGGUUACAACAAAGGAUACUAUAAUUACAAGUCCAACCCUGCCAUGUCAUACCGCAACACUGAUGUUGCUAACCCUCAGGACCAAGUCUAUCCUCAACAACAAGCAGCUCGAUCGAGUCAGUGCCACAACAUGGGCUUUCCCCACCAACCACCCCAGCCUGCACCUUCGCAAGAGAAUGAGCUCAAGGCAAUGCUAAAGCAACUACUUCAAGGGCAAGCUGAUGGGGUAGUGGACACAAGCAAGAAGCUAGCUGAAAUAAACUCCAAGAUCGAGAAUCUCAACACAAGGGUUUACUCUCUGGAGAAUCAUGCUUCUUCUGUUGCUGCUGCUACAAAGCAAGGACAACUACCUG